AAUCAAACAAGAUCACACAUGACUAUAUUUAGGCUUACACAUUAAGAUAAUUUGAUGAGUCAAAGUGCUUAGAUGAACAGUUCCAAAAGUCAAAACUGGACAAAUACUCCGGGGACAGGAAGUAUAUAAUAAUAAUAAAAAUGUACAAUACAAAUUUUAUUUAGAUUUCUGAUCAAUAGUUAGAUUUGUGAUCAGUUGUUGCGGGAUUGGUGGGAAGUAAGCAAUGGAAGAAAGCGAAAGAUUGAGAGACGAAGAAGGAGAGGAGGAAGAGGAGAUAUGGAGCUGGGGAGCGGGCACAGAGGGCCAGCUGGGAACGGGGAAACUCUCCGACGAGCGCCGCCCACAGUUGAUUCGUUCUCUCUCCUCCUUUGGCCCCGUCUCUCUCCUCGCCUGCGGCGGCGCUCAUCUCAUCGCCCUUCUCUCAGGUGGAAGAGUGUUGACAUGGGGUAGGGGUUCAUCUGGGCAAUUAGGCCAUGGGGAAGCUGUUAACAGUCUGCAACCUAAGGCUGUUGAGGCUUUAGUAGACUCUGUUAUUAAACAUGUUUCUGCUGGGUGGAACCACUCUGGUUUUGUUUCAGAGAGCGGUCACCUUUUCAUGUGUGGAGAUGGUACUUUUGGGCAGCUUGGCCUUGGUGAUCAUUUAUCACAGUCUUCUCCUGUAGAAGUACCAUUUUUUAGGUCUAAACAUGUCAAGCAAAUUGCUUGUGGCAUGCGACAUUCACUUGCUUUGGUCAAAGGUAAUAUGGGAAAUCGUGUUUAUGGAUUCGGGUCUGGAAAACGUGGUCAACUGGGUAUAUCUGAUGGUAAAGUAAGGUCAGUUGCUGUUCCUCAGGUCACUUUGGGCUUGGAAAAUCUCUCAAUCAACUCCAUUUUUGCAAAUGGAGACCAUAGUGCAGCGAUAUGUGCUGAUGGACAUUUCUAUACAUGGGGAAGAGGUUUCGGUGGUGACUCGGAUAUGUUUAUGCCCAGGUGUGUUACAGUGAGGCCGUCAUUCAGCAAUGCUUCUCUAGGAUGGAAUCAUGCUCUUGUAUUAACAGGUGAUGGAGAAGUGUUAAUGAUAGGUGGCUAUAACUAUGAUGGUGCUUCUAGUGCUCGAAAACCACAGAUGAUGGCAAAAACAGAUAAAGGCGGCGGAAAUGAAGAGAUUGUUCAGAAGGUUGAUGCUCUCGUUGGGGUAAAGGUUCUCCAAAUUUCUGCAGGAUCUGAGCACUCGGCCUUGGUAACAGAUGAUGGAUCGGUAAUGACAUGGGGAUGGGGUGAACAUGGUCAGCUUGGCAUGGGAGAUACCAAUGAUCAAGCUCUUCCCCAAGUGGUUACUAUACUUGGCAAUUACAAGCAUGCUAAGAAGCCAUUUGUUGCCAAAGUUUACUGUGGCAGCGGAUUUACCUUUGUCAUAAAGAAGAAGGCUGUAAAUUAUCAGUAUUAAUUCACAACAUCCUAACUGGAUUCAUAGGUGUUUUUUAGAUCUGUUUUACAUCAAUAUGCAGUGUUGUUUGACCUCAAAUUGGGUUCCUAGCUUCCUUUAAUAGUACUUGUACUGAUAAAAGUGGUUCCAUUUU